UCUUGCUUUACAAUGUGCUGUUUCAGCUUGUCUUCAUCCAUUGAUACGUCAAGCAGAAUCCUCAAUUUGACUGACAGGGCAUCGCAUGGCAUCUUCGCGAGCUACGACGAGGGACUUCGAGCGGCGCCUGCCCUGAACCACGUACUCCUGACGGGAUGCACCGGAAGCUGCGCAAGAGCGUCAUCUGGACGGCCCUCGGCGCGAGCGCAGUCACGUUACUCUUCACCUGCACCACUUUCAAGACCUGCAUCCUGCGCGAUGGCACACCUCAGAAGAGCCCCAUCGAGGUUCCCGUCCUCCGGAGCAUCCUGUCCACUUACACCGAGGUCUUCACCCUGCCGCCGUUCAGGCUGGACUCGCAGUCAUUGUACCGAGUCUACGAGAAUGCUAUCGAAGGCGACAAGCGGCCGUCCGAUAGAGCAGUCGUGUGUUUGUCCACCAUCGCUUCGCUGGACCAUCUGCACUGGCUACGUGAGCUCUCCGAGCACUGGACCGGCCCGGUGUCGGUGGCUGUGUUCUUCAGGGAGGACUUCGACCUGCAGCUAAUGGUGACGUAUGUGCACGUGCUCAGGGUGUGCUUCCCGGCCAUCAGGGAGAACUUCAGUUUUCACUUUGUGUCGCCCGCGGAUAGGAACGACAGUGGUGCGAAAGAUACGUUCGCGUGGGAAGACGUCGACAAACCGCUGUUCUGUGACAGCCACCGUGCUCUGUUGCGUGCCUUUCUGUCAAUCACGCGGAGGCGAGGCUGGCCCCGCUUGCUUUUCCCGCAGAACCACCUAAGGAACGUCGCCCGUGAUGGCUGCGUUUCCAGCCCGUAUUUCUACGCGACGGACGUGGACGUGAUGCCGCAGUACGGACUGUAUGAUCGGCUGUCCGCCUUCCUGCUGCGGCAACCGCCUUGUACAAAGUGCCUUUACGUCGUGCCUGCUUUCGAAGGCACCGAAUUUGUCACCCAUCCGAGGACCAAGAGCGCUUUGCUCAGCAGAACAGGAAACAGGAAAGACUUCCGAGUGUAUCACGCGGUGGCGUUCAGCAAAAACCAGCGGGCCACGAAUUUCAACAAAUGGAGGAAAGUCCCGAGCAAGAGCGACCUCUUCGUAGCUUACGAAGCUGUCUUCGAAUUCGGCUACGAGUGCUUCUACGUCGGUCCUCAUGACGUACCCAAGUUUCGCGAGAUAUUCAUCGGUUACGGAUUCACGAGAAACGUCCAGACUCUGGAGGCACACCUGGCCGGCUUCCGGUUCCUGGUGCUGAGUGACGCGUUCGCCAUCCACCGGGGGAUGCGCAACACCACCACCAACGACAGCGUCCGCAACGCGGAGAAGAUGCACAACUACCGCGUAUUCCUCAGCUUCCGCAAGACGCUCCAGCAGCGCUACGGCAAAGGGCGAGAGUUCUCGUGACGCCCGCUGGUCCCCGCUGCCCUCCUCACAUUCGGAGAAAUAAACCCGAAAAC